AUGUCUCGCUCCAAGGUUUCCUGCCCCUCCCAUCCGGAUGCCAAUCUGAUUGAGGACUACCGGGCGGGAGACCUCGUCUGUCCUGAGUGCGGCCUUGUGGUGGGCGACAGAGUGGUGGAUGUGGGCAGCGAGUGGCGUACCUUUAGCAAUGACAAGGCCACUGCAGAUCCCUCUCGAGUGGGCGCCGCCGAGAAUCCACUCCUGGAGGGCUCAGACCUCACCACGAUGAUCGGCCGCAGCUCGUCAGACGCCGCCUUCGACGCUGAUGGCAACGCCAAAUAUCACAAUCGCAAGCACCUCUCCAGCUCGGAUCGAGCCCUGGUGAACACCUUCAAGGAGAUUGGCAACAUGUCAGACAAAAUUAAUCUCUCAAAGACUAUCGUCGACAGGGCGAAUGUACUCUUCAAGCAGGUACACGAUGGCCGAACACUGAAGGGGCGAAGCAAUGAUGCCAUCGCCUCCGCCUGCCUGUACAUUGCCUGCCGCCAGGAAGGUGUGCCGCGAACAUUCAAGGAAAUUUGCGCCAUUUCGAAGGUUUCUAAAAAGGAAAUUGGACGCUGCUUCAAACUUAUCCUGAAGGCGCUUGAAACCUCGGUAGAUCUCAUCACAACAGGCGACUUUAUGUCACGCUUUUGCUCCAACCUGGGGCUGUCCAAUUCGGUGCAGAGAGCGGCCACGCACAUUGCCCGCAAGGCAGUUGAGCUGGACAUUGUACCGGGCAGGAGUCCAAUUUCGGUUGCCGCCGCCGCCAUAUACAUGGCCUCUCAAGCAUCGGCUGAUAAGAAGUCUCAGAAAGAAAUUGGCGAUAUCGCCGGUGUUGCCGAUGUCACCAUUCGCCAGUCGUACAAGCUUAUGUUUCCCAAGGCCGCCCAGCUCUUUCCGGCUGAUUUUAAGUUUGUCACUCCGAUUGACCAGUUGCCCCAAGCGUAA